AUGGCCAAUGUUCAAACCUUCAAAGCCAAGUUAAUAGCUUUCAAUAAAAAAUGUAAAGAUAAGACGAAAGAAGAAACAGCCUUGAAAGCAUUGGGAGAUAAAUUAGCAGUGUUCGAGUUGGAACAAAGUAUUGGCCAAGAAGUCAAGAAGGUGGAUUGUUUAGAAGUAGAAAUGCCUAUAAGGGACAUGGACGAUGAAGUAAUAAGGAUCACCAAGCCUGGAUAUGUUCAAGCACAAGACCCUCUGAUUAAAGUGAAUAUUGGCAAUGAAGGGGAAGAUCGCCCAACAUUCGUUAGCCAGAUGCUCGAUCAAGAGGUUAGUGAUAAAUUAAUCGCUUUAUUAAAGGAAUAUAAUGAUCGUUUUGCUUGGGAAUAUGAACAUAUGCCUGAUUUAGAUAGAAAUAUGGUGGAAUAUAGAUUUCCAACCAAACCAAAUUUUAAACCUCAUAAGCAACCUCCUAGGCGUUUUGCUCCUAAAGUACUUCCUAAAAUUAAGAAAGAAAUAGAGUGA